UGAAAGAACAGAGAGAGAGGAGAGGCACGUGACCUGCACGUGCCUAAGACGCUGAGCAACUGUUCCAGUGCCACCAUCAUCGAUCAACCCCAAACUUCUUCCCCACGAUCUUCAAUUCAAACCGCCAUGAAAAAGCCAUUCAAAAAAUUCUCUCUUAUAUACUCUCAGAUUUAGUUUCAACGAUUCUUCAGAUACCGAUAACAAAACCUUACGUUUUGAUCAUCAAUGGCUUCCGUUUCAGUCCGUGAACUACUUCCGCUCUUCUCUCUGCUCUCAAUCGCCCUCGUCGCUCCGUCGCUCGUAUCUUCGCAUCAGUUUCAGGUCGGCGGAGACAGAGGCUGGACGAACACGAACCCUACCGGAAACUACACGCAGAGCUACAACUCUUGGGCCGCACAGAACCGCUUCCAUGUCGGAGACACUCUCUAUUUCAAGUACCGAAACGACUCGGUUCUGGUGGUGAACUACGCCGACUACAGAGACUGCGCCGUCGCGGAUCCGAUCGCGAGGUUCGAUAACGGAAGCGGCGCGGUUUUCAGAUUGGAUCGGGGCGGAGAUUUCUAUUUCAUUAGCGGAGAGAGGGAGAAUUGUGUGGCUGGGCAGAAAUUGGUGGUGCGAGUGAUGAACGAUCGUGAAUCGGAGGAAGAUGGAAGUACUGCGCCGUCGCCGGAGGAGUCGUGGAAUUGGGGGCCUCCGUCGCUGAAUUCGACGGUGACGACGACGAUGGCGUCGUAUUUCGCGACGGCGAUUGGAGGUUUCUUGAUUGUUCUGUAUCUGCUCACGUAGGGAUUUGGAAUCGAUCGUCGAUUGGGUUGUCGCUGUUCUUCCUUGCUUCUUCGUUGCAAUAGAAUUUCCACUUUUUACAUUUCAUUUAAAUUCUUUGAUAUGGUUUGGAAUGUGAAAUUUUUUAAACCAA